AUGUCAUCGAGCUCAAGAAGUCUGCUGCGUAUAGCUCAUGUCGAGGAUGCCGAUGACGACUCGGGCAGCUCUCUCAAUGGCAAGCCCGGCACCCGCAAGUAUGCCACAUCCGAAGCACCCAUGAGCCCUUCCAAAGCCAACACCAGCAAAUCCCGCUCGGAGAGACGACUCGUGGCGAGCUCUUCGUCGUCUGCCCGUAUCAGCUACCCGGAUUCCCGCCCGUCCUCCCGUCCAAAAAAGAAGUCGUCGUCGAGGCUCCCCUCCGACAAGGACUGUGGGGAUCCGGAGCAGAGGGCUCGGGACCGCGAGCGACAAAGAAGAGAGCGGAGAGUGAGGGAGGAGGAACAAGAUAGAAAGGCUUCCUCGGCGGCCGCCAAAGAGCGAGAAUCCCGGCCCAUGAGGAAGCAACGCCCCGCGUCCGCCAAGCAACCCAGCGCGCAGCCGGUGGUUCGGCAAUCGUACCAACGGGGCCAGGUUGACGAUCCUGCCAGCUACGGCAUCCAGCCGGCCAUCUCUGGAAAUCGCCCAAGAGCCCAGACACGACCAGCUAGCUACUAUGCGGGCCAGCCCCCGAGACGCUGGACCAACGCUCCUCCACUGUACCCGCCCGUUCAAAACGCAGCACCGUUUGCCGUUGGCACCUUUCCGCCUCCUCCACUGUGGCAAGGUCGCCCUGGAGCAUCCCCUGGAGGCUUCGCCGCCCCUCCGCCGCCUUCCCCCGUUGGCCCAGCGCCGGGCUUCUUUGACGGUGGCGUUGCGGCAAGCCCGUACUCGCACAGCAGCCAUCUGAGACAGCGGUUCGAAUCUCGACCAGCUUCUGCCAUGGGAUACCAUAGGGCGCCCCCGCCUCCCUUGGAUUACUUCCACCAAGACGACUAUUCAGACGACGCGGCUCCCAUGCCGCCGGUGACCCGACGUCCAGCAAGGCUGACCAGGGCGGAGGAUGACCGCAGAAGAAUGCCACCGCCUGAUCGCAUGCCCAUGCGGCCGCAGUCUGCGCUGCCGCCCUCCACGCCGUAUUGCCCUCCACCCACCUUGCAGCGUCCCCCUUCGCGGCAGAACCAGUCCCGCCCGCCGCCGGCUCACAGGAGGUCGGUGGGGUUUGUCGAUCAGCAUGAGUACGACGAUGACGAUUCCCAAAGCGAUCAGGAGCUCUUCCACGACAGUUCUCCAAAUGCCUCGUUUGAUCACCAGCGCGCCAUAGUGCCUCGCUCGCGGCGGAAUUCAACCGUGUACGACCAUCACGACUACCACGUCGUCCCGGCCAACCCGCGGCGCCGGCGGUCAUCCGUCUACGGCUCCGUCGCCCUGCCCUCCGGCGGGGUGAGUCUCGACGACCAAAAGUACGAUGACGCUCUCAAAUACCAAGAACAAGUCAGCGGCGGCCCGUCGAUGCCAUUGACUGCCGAAACCUUGCUCAGGGCCAGCAAGCGAGGUGCCGUGGUUAGCAGCCGCUCUACCCGCAGCAGCAACAGCCGCGACGACAGCGACUACAAGCGCAGCAACGCAACGGGCAUCACGAGGACCUCGUACAACAGCGAGGACCUGACGACAAUCAAAGUCUCGGGCGUCGGUGCCAAGGUUCGGGUCCGCGGCGCCGAGAUCGAGUGCGAGGAAGGUGGAGAAAUCACGGUGACAACAUCAGGCGGCGGCGGCGGCCCACCUGGUGGCUCUCGUCCCGGCAGCGACAAGGCCAGCAUGAUCUACCCUCAGCUCGAAGACUCGCGUAGCCGGGUGGAACGCAAGGCUCUGCCUCAUCGGCCGCGUACGGCAAGCCAGUCGGAUUCACAAAGCCGAGGCUACGCUCCGAGCCACGCACCUUACGACUAUGGCGGAUAUUUAUGA